AUGGAAUCAACGGUUUUGGAGCCUUGGCGUGGUUUUGAGUACGUUUUAUGUAUAAUAGAUAAAUCAUUUGUGGUGCGUGUAUAUUUAGCUGUAUUUUAGAUUUUUUUUCAAUGAAAACGGGUGUUUUAGGUAUGAAUUUUUGGAGAGAAACGUGAAGACGAGGUCAUCUACGGGUCCACGUGCGUUGAUGAGUACGAUUUCCAGCAACUCAAGGAGUUCGAUAUAAAGUAAAUGCUCUUCGUCGCCCGCGGAAGUCUUGAACUCCAUGAAUUCGAAUAGGAAAAGAAGAAAAUCAAGAUUCAUGGAGAUAAUCAUGAGAAGGAUAAGACUUUUGCUGACUCGUUAAACAGGGAUAGAUACAUGGCUUCCAAGAAGAGUUUGGAGAUCAACCCUGACCACCUUAUCAUGAAGUAAGUUAAAUUUUUUUUACAUUUAUUACUCGGUUUUAGGGAUCUAUGCGAACGUGUCAAAAUUGGCGAGAUCCCCUGCGAUCUCGAUGUCCUCAUCUUCGAGACGGACUCCGCGCUUUUUCGUAGAAGGGCCCGCCACUUACUCCAACAGAACUCACGCAUGAUCAAGCAUGGUCUGGGCCUUGAUGAAGCCGAUGCCGUCAGUCCACAUCCGCCCCAGUGGAGACUUAUAUAA